AUGGAGGUUGCCAUCGCUGGUGCGGCAGAGGUUGGUCGUGUAGGCCGCCGCAUCUUCCAGAAGAUUUGGGACCCCGAGCCCGUGAACGACCGCAAAGCCAACGAGCCAGCAUGGUGUCUAGGUCAUGCAUACACUCUCGACACCAAGACAUACGGCUCGCCGUUGCUUACUGCGAGCACACCCCCAACCGAUACAGCAGAUGUGGCCGAAACUGGCCAAAUCUCCUCCGCAAGUGUGCGGGUCCCCGCCACGCCUCCCGAGUCGGUUGCUAGUAGUUUUGAUUCAUCGCUUGCGUAUGAAGAGCCCGGACAAGAUGGUGGAUGGCCCCCUGCGUUCCUCGAUGACUUUGAGUCCCGGAUAUGGAUGACGUAUCGCACAGGCUUUGAGAUAAUUCCCAGGUCUGCCGACCCCAGAGCAUCGUCUGCUCUAUCGUUUACCAUGCGGCUCAAGACAUCGUUUGGGGAUCAGGCAGGCUUCUCUUCAGACACUGGCUGGGGCUGCAUGAUCAGAUCGGGUCAGAGUCUGUUGGCGAACGCUAUUCUCACCGCCCGUGUUGGUCGAGGAUGGAGACGAUCUACAGAACCGGAGGCCGAACGUGAGGUGUUGGCGUUGUUUGCUGAUGACCCACGCGCCCCAUAUUCCCUGCAUAAUUUUGUUAAGCAUGGAGCUGUGGCAUGUGGAAAGCAUCCCGGGGAGUGGUUUGGCCCGUCAGCGACUUCCCGGUGCAUUCAGGCUCUGUCUAAUGGACACGAAAGCUCCUUGCGAGUUUACUCCACGGGUGACCUCCCUGAUGUCUAUGAAGAUAGCUUCAUGGCAGUCGCGAAUCCCGAUGGCCUGGGUUUCCAGCCAACGUUGAUAUUGGUUUGCACAAGGCUUGGCAUCGAUAAGAUUAACCAGGUCUACGAAGAGGCUCUUAUUUCUACAUUACAAAUGCCUCAGUCUAUUGGGAUUGCUGGCGGCCGUCCCUCGUCUUCCCACUAUUUUGUGGGUGCCCAUGGUCAAUGGUUGUUCUACCUGGAUCCUCACCAUCCAAGGCCAGCUCUACCCUACCACCAAGAUCCAAAAGACUAUUCGGUAGAGGAGAUAAACUCUUGCCAUACCCGACGGCUGCGCCAUCUCCAUGUUGGUGACAUGGAUCCCAGCAUGCUAAUUGGGUUUUUGAUCAAGGAUGAGGAGGACUGGGAUAUGUGGAAGAGCUCCGUGAAGCAUGUCCAGGGCAAAGCCAUCAUCACAGUAUCCCCUAACGACCCGGCGCGAGGGAUUAGCUCAGGCCGAGCGGAAGCUAUAGAUGAGGUAGAAACUCUUAGCGACGAUGAUGCCGACACGGUAUUUGAGGCAUAA